UCUGCUGUUUUGUGGCCAUGAUUCGUGUGCACCGUAACUGACUGCAAAACCAAAUAUCAAAACCAUGAGCUUCUUUUCCGUUCUGUUCUUUUUCCUCGUUAGAUAAGUGAAGCUAAUGUGUUUGAAGAAAUUACGCUGAGAAAACUGACCUUGAUUGUGAGCUUAUAUAUGCUGGGAGCCGGAUAAGCUUUCUGGAGGUUUGACGAGUUAGCAUAUAUCUUCUCUGGUUAAUAUGUCAAGGGAUAUUAUAAGUAUAUCAUUUUUAGAUAUUUUUAGGUUUUUAUAUGUUGUUAUUUGGGUUUUUAAGAAAUCAGAUUUUCAUAAAAAUGAGAAGACAACGAAGGGAAUGAAACUCAAUGGAAAAUAAUAACAUAGAAUAUGUAGGCUUAGGAGGAAAUGCAGAUCAUCACGAAACCAGGCUUGAAUUGCGCGAAGAAUCUCCUCCAAUCUCCAGUAAUGGCAAAUCCUGGACAAGGAUAGCUAAGUUGAUUGCAUUAUGCAUUGCUGUGACGGUCGCCCCUGUUAUAGAAUGGGGGCAGAAUAGGUUCAAUGCAAUGGAACUGUCAAUUAUAGUUUUUGCUUCAUUAGCCACAUUUCCUGUCAUCUGUCUUCCGUCUACACCAUCAAUUUGGAUUGCUGGAAUGGCUUUUGGCUAUGGAAAUGGAUUUCUACUGGUUAUGUCCGGUGUUGCCAUUGGCGUUUCAUUACCUUAUUUAGUUGGUUCCUUCCUUCGUAACAAAAUCAAAGGAUUGUUGGAGAAACAUCCACAUGAAGCUUCUAUCUUGAGAUUGGCUGGAGAAGGAAAUCGGUUUCAUCAAUUUCAAGCAAUCACCCUGAUCAGGAUUUCUCCUUUUCCAUAUAUCAUUUUCAAUUAUGCAGUCGUUGCCACCGACGUCAAAUACGCUCCGUACUUGUUUGGUACAUUGGUUGGGAUGAUACCUGAGGUUGUUGUUACACUCUACAGGUUUUUCAACAUUCUCCUUUCUCCAUCCAGGAACAUUGAUUUUCUUGGGAUUGUUAUUCGUUCCUUUACCGAAGCAGCAGAAGAUAGGAAAGCGCAGUCGGGGCAGAUGCUGCUGAACAUUGUUGGAUUGUGUGGAACAGCGUUUACUACAAUUUUUAUUGGGAUUUACACAAAAAGACGACUUGAUCAGAAGCAGAAGGAACAGCUGAUUCUGAAGUGAUUGCCCUUUCUUUGCUGCGGAAGUGUGAACUUGAUGAUCACAUUCCUCCCUAGGUAUUCAUUCAUUCAUUCAUCUCACAUUGAAGAAUGAUAAAUACAAUCUAUCCACCCGACUUCUGGGUCAGAAAAUUAAGAGGAGAUCAAUGACAACGGAAAUAAUCCUGUUUUUUGCAA